AUGGGAGGUGGAAGCUCUGGAGGAAGCGGCGGCAGCUACGGCGGAAGUAGCGGUGGCGGAGGAGGCAGCAUGGGAGGCGGCAGUUAUGCUGGCAGCACCGGUGGUGGAUCUCAACCUCCCCCUCCACCCCCACCACCACCUCCACCACCAGCAUCAGGUGGUUACAGCACCGGAGGCGGCAAUUACGGCGGAAGCGGCGGAAGCUCAGGAGGAGGAAGCAUGGGAGGUGGUGGUAUGGGUGGCGGAAGCUACGGAGGCGGUUCUCAGCCUUCUGGAGGAUACUCACAAGGUUCAGCACCAAUGCCCCAACCACCUGCGCCUGGCCCAGCACCAGUGCCACAACCAAUGCCACCACCACCUCCACCUAGUGGAGGAGGAUACUCUGGCGCCUCUCCUCCAUCUGGUGGCGGUUACUCGCAGUCUGGAGGUGGCUACCAGCAACGUCUCAGUGCAGCAAAAUUCAUGCGCCAUCGGGUUGUUUUGCGGAAGUCAGCUAAGGCAUAG